CCAGCUGCAGACUACUUGCUUAUUCUUUGCCCACCAGCUCAAGAGUCUCAAGAGCAGCGGACUCUCGGGCGGGGCAACAGGAGCUUGCUGUUUGUUGCAGUUGGUUGCUGAGUUCGUUCGUUCGUUGGUUUUUCUUACUACGCACGUCCCUGUGACCAUCGACGUCCAGUGAGGAAGCUCACUGCUGAAAGUGUAGUGUGUCUCAAUUCGUGCAAUGUUCACGUUCAGUCUCGUGUUUGUUGAUGAGCAUCUGUAUCAGCCAUGUUCAUGACCUCUAUUUAUAUUUCAUGGCAUGUCGCUUUCAGAAUAUCUAGGACUGAACAGAACGCUUCAGUAUCGUAGAAUGCCAUCGACAACUUAACGCUCUGUUUGGUUCUGAGAACCUAAGCUAGAUCUGCACGUGAAGUCCAGAACAAUCCUGCUUUUAGCUCAAAGUAAUUUACACAUUCAUCGCUCGAAGUUGUUCACACUGGGAGUCCGCUGCUGAAACUUCUAGCGUUUGUUGGGGUAACGAUAGUUUUUUCCUCAGUCAAGAGCAGAUCCUCGAGAGCUUAGAUCAAUGAUUUCCAAAGCUGAUUAAAGUCAGUAGCUAUGGCUGCCCUAGUACCAGACAUGGUUUAGGCUGUGGCCAUGGAGGAGGAAUAGUGCCAUCUGACAUGCCACAAUUGGAUAAGACUUAUGACAAAAAUGUGCUCUUCGAUGGUAUACGCAGAAUAACGACUUAGCUCGAUGGGAUCACGUCAGAACCGGUGCUGCACUAGAAACUUCCAUGUAUAUACGAAGGGACAUUAAUAUUCCUGUCCGAGAGAUCGAGGAAUCCUCCAAUCCUCGAUCUUCCAUCGAGCUUUUCUUCCGCUCUGAUCGAAGACUCCAACUUGCCCGUCUCCUUCUUUCAAUGCAGUCUCAGAAGGAGGAGAUGGCUGCUGGCGGAGACAAAGCCGCUACGAUGGACAUUCAGAAAGAUGAUAUCGAAACCUGGUUAGUCAACAACGACACCGUGGACUUCCAGGGCCGACGAGCUGACAAGUCCAGGACUGGAGGAUGGAUUACUGCGCCUCUCAUCUUCGAACUUCCUGUCGCGCGCAGGAGCGGAAAUGUGCGAGAGAAUGUCAGCCUUCGGCAUCAUUUACAACCUUGUCACUUUUUUGGUCGGAAACCUGCACCUCUCCAGGGCGUACUCGGCCAACAUGGUAACGAACAUGUUGGGUACAUCUUUCGUCACCUGUUUACUUGGAGGUUACGUUGCCGACACUUGGUUGGGUCGUUUCCUCACCAUCUCUACUUUCGGUGUCAUCCAAUUUCUGGGAUUGGUUUUGAUAACUUUGUUUGCGUCGUUGCCCGAGUUCCAGCUUCCUCACUGUAACGAGCCGGAGGAUCCAUGUCACGCAGUGCACGGAUUCAAGCUGGCAGUACUCUACGUUGCUCUUUAUUUGAUAGCUCUUGGGACCGGAGGUAUAAAAGCCUGUGUUUCAGCUUUCGGAGCGGAUCAGUUUGACUCGCACGAUCCUCGUGAAAAGAAGCAGAUGAUGUCCUUCUUCAACUGGUUCUUCUUUUCCAUCUCUCUGGGUGCUCUAUUCGCUGUUACUGUCCUCGUCUACGUGCAAGAGAAGCUGGGCCGAGGAUGGGGUUUUGGCAUCACUGCCUCGUUCAUGCUCUUGGCUGUGGUGGGCUUCCUCUCGGGUCGCCGAUACUACAGAUACAGUCCCAUCAAAGGCAGCCCCAUGUCACAAAUUUACCGGGUCUUCGCCACGGCCUUCAGGAAUCACAAGCUUCAGAUCCCUGCCGACGUUUCCCAGCUGCAUGAAGCCAACCCAGGUUACGACCGAAUCAGACAUAGCAACCAGUUCUUAUUUCUCAGUAAAGCUGCGAUCAAGAGCUCAGCAAGUAAUGAAGAUGAUAAAUUUGGAGAUUUAAAAGCUUCGAAGGAUCAGCCGCCCAACAGACCUGCAAUCACCGUAACUGAAGUGGAGGAGGUAAAAGUUCUGAUCCGAGUUCUGCCCAUACUGGGAACGACGUUUAUGUUCUGGACUGUGUACGCACAAAUGACCACCUUCAGUGUGGAGCAAGCUCUGAUCAUGGACAGAAAGAUAGGGAGGCACUUCGAGAUCCCUCCUGCCUCCAUGGCCGUCUUCCUGCAGAUCAGUAUCAUGACAAUGAUAGUGUUAUACGACCGACUGUUCGUAAGAUGUGCUCGGCACUUCACCCAUAAAUCGCAGGGCAUCACCACCUUGCAACGGAUCGGAGUAGGGCUGGUGCUGUCAACAGCUGCAAUGAUUGCAGCUGCCCUCGUGGAGCAGAAAAGGCUCAAAGUAGCUCGUCGAGUCGGCACAUCGAAGGGCAUGAGUGUGUUUUGGCUGCUGCCGCAGUACUUCCUGGUGGGUGCCGGCGAGGCGUUCACGUACGUGGGUCAGCUCGAGUUCUUCUACAAUGAAUCGCCCACGAGCAUGCGGUCCAUGGGAACUGCCAUCUGCCUGUGCACGUUGUCCUUCGGCUUCUACUUCAGCAGCAUUUUCGUCGACGGCGUCGACAGGUUCACACAGCGAGGCUCCGCGUCCAAAGGCUGGCUGGCCAACGAUCCCGACGCUGGACAUCUCGACUACUUCUACUUUCUGCUGGCCAUUGUCAGUCUCCUCAAUUUCUUUCUCUACCUCCUUUGCUCCCACUGGUAUAACUACAGAAUCAAGCAAGACAUUGAUGAUGAAGAAGACGACUCUCCCGCAGCCAAGAGUUCAGAUUCUUCCGACUUCUGACUGAGGAUCGCCCUUCAUGUUACUUCUCUGGGCGUGUUGAGUAUCAAAUUUUGAAUAUGAAGUAGCAAGCAAUUAUCAUGUGCUGCUCAGAUUCUUUAGACCCCGAUAUAAUUCUUCUAAUUUUUAUAAAUUACUGAUUAUAUUUCUAUUUUGGGAGGGAAAGUGAAUGAUGCACCGAAUUAGUUUUGUGCUAAAGAACAGAGGGCAAAAGUACAGAUUUUACUAGUGAGGCCAAGUUUGCCUGCUUCAUUAGUCGGAGAUUCGUUGGAAUAUUGGAGUUUGCUGCUACUAGACUUUGCAAGGUUCCCCUACUCAAGUUAUAAUUAUUGCGAAUUUCAGAACUGCCAGAAUGCGGACGACGGUUCUGGUUGUAAAAUUUGGUCGCAGAUGUUAACACGAAUAACAAGCAUCGAAACGCA